CAUAGCUGCUCCGUGUGGAAGCGGACCUUUUCUUCGCUGCUGUUGCUCCGGCCGGACCGGGUUGGGCGCCGGACAGAUUCCGUUGACAUUGCUGAGGAGGAGGAGCGGAGGAAGCAGCGGCUGUUACCAAACUGAAGGUUUCUGUGCGCGGAGCCGCGGUGAAGUGGCAGCCCGCUUCUCGGCCGUGAUUUUGGGGGAACCACAGACACAGCCAUGUAUCGGCGGCCGCUGCAGUCCGCCGUCAGAAGCAUCUUUAACGGGAGCGCGUCCAGAGCCGCCGCCGCCGGAAAGGUGUCAAAUCAAGAAGCCUGUCUUGCCAGAGCUUUAGUAUCUUGUCAGCUGGCCAGAGUCUCCUCACCCUCUGUAACACCAUGUCGGACACUGCACAUCAGCACGCAGCUCUGCAGCGUGAAGGAGACGCCUCAGCACUCAGAGGAAGAAGUCGGCGCUUUCACGAAGCUCAUUGAGGCCAUGGGCUUCACCGGACCUCUGAAAUACAACAAAUGGAAAAUCAAGAUUGCUGCCUUGCGUAUGUACACGUGCUGCGUCGAGAGAAUCAAUUACGACGACUUCUUUGAGAAGUGUUCCCUCCCCGACACACUCAACUCUUGGUUCUUGGUAGCGCAGCUGCAUGUGUGGAUGUGUUUGGUGCGGAUGCGUCAGGAGGGCAGAGAAGGGAAGUACAUGUGCCGUUACAUUGUCCACUCGAUGUGGGAGGAUGUCGAGCAGAGGAGCAAAAUCAUGGGGAUCGAUGCCAUCCAAAGAAAGGAAGGAAUGAAGGCGAUGACGGAGACGUUUUACGCCGCAAUAUUUGGAUACGAUGAGGGAAUCCUGUCUGAUGACUGCGUGCUGGCAGCAGCUCUGUGGAGAAAUCUGUUCAACUGUACAUGUGAAGACCCCAAACAGCUGGAGCUCAUGGUGGAAUACGUACGCAAACAGAUGCAGUACAUCGACGCUCUGGACGGGGAGGACCUGAUGCUGACGGGGGAGGUGAAGUGGCGCCCUCUGCUGGAGGAGAACGCACAGAGCAUCCUGAAGGUGGCCACGCCCACGUACAACGACACGGGACUGUGAGACGGCGAGACACGCUCCUGUGUCCUCUCAUCCAAAGUCCUCCUCUGUCUCCCACUUUACUUUCCCAUCUUUCGUCCUCCUUUUUCCCUAAAAUCACGUUUCCCUCCCCCUCUCUCUCCUCUGUCUUCUGUCACAUACAGAUUUUAAAUGUCUGUUUCUGUAGUUUUCUCAUCCACUCCUUUAUUUCUUUUUUUGUCCUCUUGUUUACCCAAAACUCGUCUCCUCCUCGGUCCUCUGGAGGUGCAGUAUAGACAGUCAGGGAUUAUCAUUCUCACAUCUCGUUCAGCCGCCAGUCAGCGAACCAGCCAGUCAAAAAAACAAAAAAAAAAACAGGAAAUGCCAUGCAUCAUCAUCCUCCCGUCGGUCCUGAGAGCUUCUGCAGCUUCCUCUCUGCAAACGCUUCAGCUGUUGAGGGAAAAACACCAAGAGAACAAGACACUCUGUAUUUAUAUUUUCUUUUUUCCUCCGUGAACGGCACGCUGUAUUUAUAAAGUAUUUUGUAUACCUCCAUGUUUACACUCUCCCCCCUGCAGAGGCGUUUUCUGUCACUGCCUCCUCACUGUGCGUUUGAUAAAGUUUCACCUUGAACAGGUCCAGUUAGACGCUUUUAGGAAACAAAGGACAGAUUUCAGCGGAGCGUCUGUCUGUCUGUCUGUCAGCGGUCUGUAGUGUAACUCCUCUGCUCCCAUGAUGCUCUCACACCUGAAGGAAGCCGAGCUCUCAAAGACGUCGGCGCUGUAUUAAAAACAAUGAGAUGUUUCUGUUUUUAAAAAAGUGGAUUAAUAAAAAUGUUAUCUGGAUGUAAAAAAA